UGACAACCAGUACUAGAAUCGGCUGUUGAGAGUGAACUGGUCACAAAUCAUACCCAAAACUAAAUUAACAGAAUUGAAACGCUACCACACACAUACCUUGAUUCUUCCGAUAAAAAUCUUAUCGGAAUUCAAAAAUACUCGUCGCCGGAAUGGCCACCGCCGUGUCCAACGCUGCUGGCCGCCACUCGUUAAGCCAAAUCCUUAAAGAAUUCGUCAAGUUCGCAGUUGGCUCCGCCAUCGACGGCUCCCUCAAAAUCAUCCCUGGAGGUAGAAAGCAGGUAGAUAAGAUGGUGCCGGAAGGACUAAUAAAUAUGCCGAUGCCAACAGUUUUAAAGACCAAUAAACACCUUGAUAAAAAGGUUGCAAAUGAACUCCAUUUUGACGCUAAAAUGGAGGAAGUGAAGGAAGAAAUGAAUAAUAUAAAGCAGCAGUACAAAACAUCAACCAAACUUGCUGAAGAGUCACAACAGCCUCCAAACAAAAUGGAUGAUGAUGGCUUUAAGGGAAUUAAUCUUGUGCAGAAAAAUGGGAGGAGAGUGUUCAUUCGGUCUCGUCUAUAGGAUGAAUUUACUAAAUUGCAAUAUAUAAGGAGUGUUAGCAUUAUACUCUUUCUACUACUUUGAGAAGGAAUCUCACAUAAAAUAGUAGGAUUCAUAUGAAUUUUGCUCAAUAAAAAAGGGAGGGUUGGUGUGUGAAUAUUGCUAGCAAAGAUAGUGUAAUAUAAUGUGUUUUGUUUUUCCUUUUUUCUUUGCUGACCCAUGUGUGAUGCCACAACUUGUAAUUUGUUCUUCCCUAUAGUAUUAUUAGUGAUAUAUAAUAUAUUUAGUAUAAAAACAUUUCCUAUUA